AUGCUCAUGAUCCUACGAACGGCCAUGGCGGCGGCGGCGCUGCUGGCCGCCGUCGAUCAGGCCUCCGGCUUCGUCAGCACCAGGCGUCGCCACCACGGGUCGUCGUCAUCGCCUGGAACGAGGCACUCGUACAACGGCGGGGACGGUUUGGCCUCUGGAGGAGCACCUCUCACCUCCACUACCGUCGACCACCUGACCCUAUCCCGAGAGUCCCCCUACCCCUUCGAGAGCUCUGCAGCCCGGACUGUUCGAGGACUCGUGGCGACGCAGCGUUCCAAGCGAUCAAACCGUGGUGGCGGUAAUGGAGCAACGGUACAGCCACGACCAGGGAUGGAGACGCAGCUGGGCGGCUGGAGCUACGCGCGGACGGUGCUGACUAACUUGAGCAAGGGGGCGGGCCGAGAGGGGGAAAGCGGCACGGAUGAGUCGGGCGACGCCGCCGCUGCCGCAGGGGGCUCCGCCCAAUCAUCCUCCGGGGGCUCGAGCGGGGGCAAGGGUGCCGACGGUGCCCCAGCCAAGGGAAACAAAGGUGCGGGGGGUGGGGGCGCGGGGUUGGGGAUAGGCGGCGGCGGUGGCGAUGGUGAUGAUGACGACGACGACGAGGAGGAGGAGGAGAAGAAGGGGAAGGAGGCGGGAGACGAGGAUGGGCUGGACUCGUGGGAUUUGUCGGAGUUCGGCGAUUCGCAGGAUGGCUUGGGCAUCGAAUUCUCGGAGGCGGGAGUCGGAGAGGACGAGGAGCAGCAGGAGGGGGAGAACGGAGGUUUGAGCGGUGCCAAGGCAGCUGUCGAUGGCGGGGACGAUGCCCAGGCCGGCCAGGAGCAGGGCGGCGCUCUCCCACAGGAGUACGAGGUGGUGUGCGACGGGGACGUGUGCGAGAGGAGGCCGGUGGGCCCCAACCCGGCCCAGACCGUUCCAGCUGUCGACGGCGCCGCCGCAGAGGCUGGCGCUGCUACUGGCGCGGCUUCUGCCGGUGCUGCAGCCUCCUCUGGUGCUGAUAAUGCUCUCGUGCCGGACGCGGGUGGCGAUAGCGAUGGUGGCGGCGGAGUGCCUCCCAGUGCUGUCGACCCUGGGGUGGCCCAGUUGGUUUCAAUGGGCUGGGAGGCGGAGGAGUCGACUGCCGCGCUUGAGGCGUCCGGGGGAGACGUCGUGGCAGCCGCUGAGGCUCUCGCCGCCCAGGAGGAAGAGGACCUGGAGAGGUACGAGGAAGGGCUGGCCGACCUGCAGCAGCGAGGGUGGGACUCCGACGUGGCCAUGUCCGCCAUGAGAGAGGCCGGGGGCAACAGCACGGCGGCCCUGCACGCCCUCGAGGAGGAGGACAGGGUGCUGUCGAUGCAGUUCGAGCAGAGCAUCGAGGAGAUGGUUGAGCACGGCUGGGACGAAGAGGUAGCGCGCAAGGCGCUCUUGAUGCAGUGGCAGAAGGACAUCGAGGGCAAAGGCGGCAGCCGCAAGGACCAGAAGCAGUUCGAGAAGACCGUCCAGGGAGUGCACCAGAAGGGUGUAAAGGAGGGCAAGGCUAGCACCACCAAGAAGAGCGAACCCCCCGCGCCCACGCCAGCAAAGCGCGAGGACGUGGUGUUCGAGGUCACGGACAAGACGCUGCAGAAGGUGGUUCUCGAGUCUCCCGUGCCCGUCAUCCUGGACGUCUACGCCGAGUGGUGCGGCCCUUGCAAGCAGCUCACGCCGGCUCUCGAAGAGGCGGCCAUGAGAUCUGGAGGCAUGUUCCGGGUGGCUAAGGUGGACGCCGAGAAGCAAAGGAGCAUCGCGGAAGUGCUGGGCAUCCACGCCUUCCCCUCCGUGUUCGGCAUGAAAGACGGCAUUAUCUUGGACAACUUCGUCGGGGGGCUUGCGCAGGACGAGAUGCAAUCCUUCAUGAUGGGCGUGGUGAUGGGCAUGCCGCCGCCCAAGGACCAGGCGCUGCGGGAACACCAGAAAAGCCAGGCGGAGCUGAGGGGCAUCAGCCGGAAGUUGGCUCACGUGGCAGGGCUGGCCGUGCUGGGUUCCCGCAAGAAGGAGAGCCUCUGCCUCAAGGUCGACAAGGCCCUGGGCGAGACGCUGGAGGGCGAGCUCCCCGAAGGAGGGGGCCCCGCAGCCGAGAACGCCCCCGCCGUGGCCGCCGCCAAGAAGGCCGCCCGCACCGUCAUCACCGUGCUCAUGUCGGCCUACAAGUUCCCGGAGGACCCCAAGUACCGGACUCUGUCGACGACAAGCAAGGCGUACGAGGAAGUCCUGGCGCCGCACCCUCCAAUGCUGGAGGCCCUGCGCCUAGCUGGGUUCAGGCACAAAGACGGGGAUGAGAGCCAUCUCACUCUCUUGCACAGGAACAUGGCCGUGCUGGCGUCUGUGCAGGAUAGGGUGGAGGUUUGGAACAAGGGCAUCAAGAUGCCGCAGAUCGAAGAAGACAGCGAGGACGAGUACGACGAUUCAGAAGACGAGGAAGACGAGGAAGAGCUCGAGAGGAUCAAGCAGGCCAGGGAGCGCUUGGCUACCGUGGCCAAGCUGGAGAUCACGGACUCUUCGGGCGGCCACGAGGCAGUGGUGAAACUGACUAUGGAGGCGGAUUCGACACUGGGGGAACUGUUCCGAACUCUGCAGGAAGAGGAGGGGUUUGGAGCCGACCUCGUGCUCAAGACGGCCUUCCCCAAACGCGAACUGGCCGCGUCCGACGAAAGCUGUCACUCGUCCACCCUGCUGUCCCUCGGCCUUGCGCCAUCCGCGAGGUUGGUCGCUACCACGGCCGCUGCGCUCGCCGCCGAACAGGAGGCAGAGGGGGGCGAUGCUGAAGCGGCUGCUGUGCGCAAAGAAGAGUUGAGGGCCAAGAUGAUGGAGAAAGCGAGGGAUGGCAAAAGGAAGGGUAUCAAGAAGGCGGGCACUCUGUUCGGCGCAGACGACGGCAUUAUCGAGGUCAAGAAAGGAAAACACCAAGAGUACUUCGGCGGAGAUUCGACCGUUACCCUGGCGGCUGAAGACAGCGACGACGAAGACGGGGAUGAGGGGGACGGAAGCGAUAACCAGGAGGCGGCCUCUCAGGAGGAUGACUUCGGCCAAUCGGGGGGAGAGCCGAGUCUAUCUGACGACCAAGAAAAUGACAAUGGAAGCUCAUAUUCUUCUUCUGAGAACGAAGAGGGGGAGGGAGGGGAGGAGCAAAUGACAGAUGCAAGUCGAAACGACGACAAUGGCGAGGAGGACUAUUCUCCUGAAUCAGAAGAGGAGUCGGAUUUGUCAGAUGAACGCUUCUCGGAAGGCGACACGGGAACUAGCGCGACCGAAAGCGAGGGCACGAGAACAGACUUCGAUGCCGAUGAAGCGUCUUACGCGUCGGGGGUAGGAGGUGAGGAACAUCGGUGGGGCGAGCUCGCAAAGCUCCUUGUUCAGAGCCACGGCAGAAGAGAGUGCUUUGGGGCGUUGCUUCGUGAUUCAUCGCCACCCUUUUUCGGGAGUUCGACGGGUUGGCUUUCGGUACGAUAA